AAGCGGUGAAUGAUGACUCUUCCUUCCUUGUCCUCUCUGCUUCUUCCCCUGCACUCUCUGCUUCAGCAACCCCUUCAAGCCGGCCUCUAAAACCCAUUUCCAAACUCUAAUUUUUUCUCUUCAACACUCUCUAUUGCAUCAUCAGAUAUUGAAUUUCAUUUUUCAUUUUUCUUUUCACCCUGAAUUUUUUUUUAAAAAAAGAAGGAAAAAAAAUGCUCCUUUCGUGAAUUUUGAUCCAUUGGGGCACCGACAAAUUCCGAUCUUGCCCGUGUUUGGAUCACUUCAAAGUUGUAAGCUUUUGGGGAUUUGGCGAGGUGGGUCGAUCCGAUUUGGGUGAAAAAUUGGUGGGUUUGAUCUGAAAAAAAGAGAAGAAAAUUGGGUUAUUUUGGAUUCAAGAUUUUUGGCUUUUCAAUUUUCUGCGUGUGCUUUGAAAUGGUCUAUUUCCAUAGCUCAAUCUCUCUCUGCAAGUCCGUUGACCAACCUUCCAUGGCGAAUUCGAUUUGUUCUUCGGAUUUUGGUUCGAAAUCGAGGCAAAGCAAUCACCUUCAGAGGAAUCGAAGGACCCAAAGUUCAUCAAAUUCGCUUCAGAUUCCACCCUGCGAUCGAUCUCGAUCGGCUAUGGUUGAUGUUGUGAUGUUCAUUGCUGUUGUUUGUGCUUGUGGGUUCUUGUUCUUUCCUUACAUAGAGCUUUUGAUCACCAAGUGCUUGCAGAUUGGUAGGGUGGUUGUGUUUUUGGUUAAGGAAGAGGUUUCUGUUGCACCUUCGAUCUAUAUAUCUAUAGGAAUCAGUGUUGUGUGUGCUGCAUUGGCCACAUGGAGUGUGGUGGCUUGCACCACUAGGAAGUGUGGGAACCCAAAUUGCAAGGGUUUGAGGAAGGCUGCAGAGUUUGACAUUCAGUUGGAGACUGAGGAUUGUGUGAAGAACUCGCCGAAUUCAUCGAUGACGAAAGAUGGUGUUAAGAAGGGUCUCUUUGAGUUGCCUCGUGAUCACCAUAGGGAACUGGAAGCUGAGCUCAAGAAGAUGGCACCACCUAACGGAAGGGCAGUGCUUGUGCUCCGAGCGAGGUGUGGCUGUUCUGUUGGUAGGUUAGAGGUUCCGGGACCGAAGAAGCAUCGAAAGAUCAAGAAGUAGCAUUGCGAUCAUGAUGAGUAGGAUUGCCCCCUUUUGAUUUAUAGGCAGGAGGGAUGGAAGGAAUGAAUGAAGGAAAGGAUAUAAUUGAAUCAAAUACAGAAUGUGUACUUGUUAUCUUUUAUGGCAUAGGAGUGAUUUCUCUGAUCUUUUCCAUUGAUCUAUUGGUCUAUUAGGAACUUAGAAUGUCUUUAAAUAAGCCCCUUGGCAAUAAGUUGUAAGGAACUAUGGCUCAUACACAGUUAGUUGGUUAUACCUGCGAAUAUAAGAAAACAGUUAUUUUAAUUUCCUUUUCUAGUAUUUAAGAUUUAUUUAGUUCUUCAAAGUUGCUCAUUCAGGUUUUUUAAUUUUGUUGUCUUUCGUGGUUAUUGUUAUGUCGUAGUUUUUGUGAUGAUUGCAUAGGAUUGAAGUUCUCAAUCUUGUUAUGAGCUGCAGGUUACAAUAGAGUUUGUUUUGUUGUUCUGUAGUUUUUUCCUGAGUCUGUUUCAAUCUUGAAAAUGUAUUUUAAAGCUGAUAUUUUGUUUUUGGUUCCUUGAUUCUACAGUUAAACAGUGAUGGAAACUUUCUCCUGUUUUCAUUAUCUGGGUUGUGAUUGUAGGAACAGUGGAGUGGAUUUUCUCAAGCACAUGACAUCUUUUUAGACAGAUACCUUAAAUCAAGGUUAUUGCACUAGUGAAUCUCUUCUGCCAUUGAUGGGUAAAUGGGGGGAGCACAUGCAGUUCUUACAAGGAACAAUGACCAGAUUUUAACAGCAUGAUUGGUAAGAUGUUCUCAUGUUAAUUUAUAAUCCAUUAGCCAAUUCUUUAUUGCUACAUUUUCUUUUUUGUGUCUGAAUUUACGUUUUAUGAUAAUCUCAAUAUACUUUCUUUUUAAUUGCGAUUUGAUUUCUUUACUUGUAGAAAUCCUGAGAUUGCUAGGCAGCCAUCAUGUCUCAAAUUCUCAAUUGCAAUCUUUACUCUGUAAAUUGACCUUGAAUCGUGACAUCGGUUGAAUACUGUAAUUUAGUUACAUCCUCCUGUUUCUCAAUUGGUCUGUGUAGACAUCCUCUGUUA